AUGCUGGCAAUUGACAAACUAUUCAAUCUACUACCUGAUUUAUAUCGUCAACGUCAGGCUCGUAAAAAGUAUCGUCAAUGGAUUAAUGAUGAACUUAUAUGGAAAUCUCAGUAUGAAUUAUUGAAUGGUCUAUGUGCAUAUGAGAAAAUUCCAUUAAUUAUUCGAGAACAUAAUAAACUAAAUGCUUUGCUAAAAGAUAGCCGAUAUCGUUUUGAUCGAAUAAAUGCAAAUUUAUUUUCGUAUGAUGAAGCCGAUCUAAUUAUUAUGCCCGUAGAUAAUCAAUUACAAGAAUCAAAUGAUACACAAUUUCUUAGUGAUAGAACGUUAGAAAAAAAAUUUGAAUUUAAUUUUAUUUAUACAGAUGUCAAAGAUAGAAUUGAAGUUAUUAAUGAACUGGUUACUGGUCAAAUAUCUGAUCCAACUAUUUAUUUAAAUCAGAAACCGGAUGAAGUUGGAACAACACGUGAUCGUAAAGCUAUUAAAGAUAAUCGUAAACGACCCAGUCCACAACGAACGAGUCGACGUACCCCAUCUCCUAAAUCUCAAAAUGCUUCACCAAAUCGUCCUGGUGAUAUGGAGAACGAUUUAUAUGGUUUUAAACGUAUUCGUGCUUACAUUGUACGUAUGUUUACACAUUAUCGUCGUGCAAUUGUCUUAGCAUAUCGUUCAACAAAUUGGACUCUACUUCAAAAUGUAUGUAAAUCAUUUACAGAUACUUUAGAUAAUUUGAUAAUUUAUUUAUGUUCAUCAUUGGAUAAAAUAUUUCCUCAAAAUGAAAUAUUAGCGUUGGGUUUUCAAACAUUUUAUUUAGCAAGUGAAUGUUUAAUUGAUUUACUCUAUCGAACAAAACCAUUUUAUUCUACUGAUGAUCAAGAAGAUGGUACUGGUACAAAUGUUAUAAAACAACAAUCAGCAACAAAAAUAAAUAAUUGGUUUUCAUCAAAUGAAUCUUCAUGGUCAGCUGGUACAUUUAAUUUUGAACAACCAAUGGAUCGUCAAACAUAUCUAGAUUUGAAAUUUAUUCGAAAAUUUAUUUUAAAAUCUUUACAAUCACUUUAUUCAGCAGGAAAAUGGGAAAAAUUAACAACAACGGCAAUGAAGUUUAAUGCUCUAUCAGAUCAUUAUUUUGCUGAUUUAGUAAGUCCAUUAUUAAUUGCAGCUCAAAAUUGUCUAAUACAACGUGUAAGGGAACAUCAAGGAACUAUUGAACAAUCUCAUUUUGAAUCGGCAAUAAAAACAUUAGGACGACCAAUACAUCCGGAAGAUUUUUACUCAUUAAGACCAGAAAAAUUAUUUCAAUUUGCAUUGCAUGCCGAUUCGGCAUCAUCGAUUUCAAUCGGAGCACGUCUCGAUCCCAAAGGACACAAUUUCUAUGAACAUAAUAAUCGAGCUCUCGAAUUAAUUAGUGUGCCACUUGAUGUUGAAUUUAGUCGAAAACUAUUACGUAUAGCUUUAGAUAAAACAUAUUUUUCAUCUCGUUCAAUGAUUGAAUGUAGAAAAUUGUUAACAUUUUAUGUUUAUACUCAACAAUUGCCGAAAGAUUUUCUUACAUUUCUUUCAAUCAGCUCAGCAACAUUUCGUCAAAAUGAUCAACAACAAGAACAACAGCAACAGACAAUUGAAUAUCGACCAUUGACAGCUGGUGGAGUUUUAGAUUUUUCACCAGAUAGUAUAACAACGUCUCCGACAACUUCUGUGACGAAAGAAAUGUUAAUAGAUGUUUACGAAAAACUUGCGAAAUUGUUACUUGGACAAAAUCGUCGUGAUCAAUAUUGUCAGAUAAUGAAUGAAUUAGGUGAUCUGUAUUAUCAUUGUAAGAAAUACAAGUAG